UUUGUUUCCGUCAUAUGGUUUCUCUUUUGCUCUUUGAAAAAAAAUUGAUGAAUGCCGAGUGGCAGCAAGUGCUUAGCUGAUUUAUGCGGAGCUUUGCAUUGCGAUGCUGUGAUGAAUACCAAGUCGAGCAAAACCAAAUGCAAUCCUGCAUCUGUUGCACGGAAUCACCACCUAUGUGAGGGUCUUGCCAAUAGCUGUUUUCCGAUUAAUCAAAGUCCUUCAGCCCGCCGUCUUAAUGAGUUUUUCUUGCACCAAUUUUGUCAUGCUCAUACUUGCUCGGGGAAACGGAAGCUUUUUCCUAGAGGAGGAAAGGUAAGGUCUCAGUCUCUUAUUGCAGUAGAUUUUGCUAUAAAGAAUGAACUGUGCCAUAGUUUCAAUCUUCUGGCUUAUUUUCCAUUGCAGUUUUGCAAGGAUUGUCUGUAAUUUUUUAUAUCUGUA